GUCCGCCGCGGGCCUCUCACUUCCGCCGGACGCGCGGCUCGGGGCGGAUGGAGGUGGCGCGGAGGCCGCGGCCCGGGCUGCGUCGCCGGAGGCCGUCCUCGGGGGCCGGCGGCCGCGGGGGGCCCCUCCCGGGGGACGGCGGCGAGCGCGCGCGGCCGUGGACGGAGCUGCUGCGCGCCGCGAGCGCGGAUCUGAGCCCCGACGGAGAGCUGCCGCCGCUGCCCGCCUUCCCCGGCCCGGAGCCCGGCGGCGGCCCGGAGCGCAGCGCGGCCCCCGAGGUGUUCACCGUGGGAGGCCGCACCUUUCCCUGGACGCCCUUCCCGCCGGCCCCGAGGGGAGGCGGGGACCCAGGACGAUCCUCCCGCGUGCUCCUUGGGGCCCGGGGACGCUCGGGGUCCCCGGCCCGGUCCCCGCAGCGACGCCCCGCGCCGGAGCCCCGCGGGACCCCCGGCGCCCGGGAGCAGCUGUGGGAGGCCGUGCCGACCCUGCGGAGCUGCCCCAUGUGCCAGGCCGACUUCGCCCCCGGUCUGGACGUUGAUCACCACCUUGCUCAGUGCCUGGCGGAAAGUGCAGAAGACGUGGUGUGGUGAGCCGCCGUUCCCGCCAGCCCAGCCCGUGCAGAGGCCCAGGCCCUCGGCCAGAACCAUGUCCUCCGCCUUGAAAGCCACGUAUUAAAAGUGUGGACUCGGGGUGCCUGGGUGGCUCAGUGGGUGAAGCCUCUGCCUUCGGCUCAGGUCCUGAUCUCAGGGUCCUGGGA